GCCUUGACAGUAAAGGGGGGAAGUUGUGCCUCAUUCAUACAAUACGAACAUUUUAGUCGGACAGCCUUUUGUUUUUACUUAUAUGAACAAUCGUUCAAAAUUCUUUUAAAAAAGGGACAGAUUUCAUUUUAAAUCUGUUUUCGCGGUCUUUGGACGUCGCGCUCGCCAACAAAAAAACAGAUCGAAUAAAUCUAUUCAAAAUACAUAUUUCGACCCCACGUUAUUUCAAUUGUUUUUAGUAUCUGUAGUUUAAAAUUUUGGUUAACCUUUCUUACCCGAUACACCCAAUUCCCUCUCGCACACACUCACACACACAAACACGAUAUACAUACAUACGCACUGACGCACACAUACAAACACACACACGCAUAAUGCAAACAUUGAGAGUUUUAAUGCGCCGUUUAAAGGACCGUAAGUUUCUGCAGAAUAAAUCAUGCGUAAAGUCCGGACGUCGCUAUACAAGCAGCAGCCUGCCCAACUUCAUACUGGUCGACGUGGAUGAGCAGGAGGAUGUCGAGCCGGAGGAUAAUCUGGGAAUACAUCCGAUCUUUCCCAUAUUGGGCAAUCGCUGCUCGGAUCUGUUUUAUAUGCCGCAGAGCGUGGGUCCGGCCUAUCAGGAUCUGUUCACGACCGCCGAUCAGUUUGAUCUGAGCAAAUACCACGAUUCGAUUGCCUGGAACGGCAUCCAGCCGAUCAAAGCCCAGGUUGUGCGCUGCCCCAAGCUGCUGCUGCCCCACAUGAAGCGCCUCUUUACAAUACCCUGCUCCAAGCUGAAGGAUCCCGUCAACUUUAGCAUAUUCAAUUUGUACUUCGACAGCGACGUGAACAGCGCCAUCAAGGCCUUCGUGCUGAUUGCCUCGCAGUAUUCCGUAGAGUUCAUGCAGGAUGGCUACUGGUCGGACUUUGUCAAUCCGUUUACGGGUCGUGCCUACUUCCGACCCGCCGCCCGACGCAGCCUGCUCAGCCAGGAGGCCCGCUGCCUGGGCCACAACAUGAUAUUCAAGGAUGUGCACGGCUGCACCGUCAUCAAGGAGGCCAAAAAAUGCACCUUUGCCGGCGCCAUAUUCAGCGACGUGCCGGUCAACUACUUCGAUUGAUCCAGAUUCUACUAUUUAUAUUUUAGUCCAAUGCUUUGGCGUGCCUCUGUCUUGGUUCUCUGUCCACAUUCAAGUUCAGUUCGAGUUUGUCCAAAAAAAACAAAACCGUGUACCAAGUGUUUAAUAAAUCGGAAGCCCGGCAAUGUA